AUGGGGAGAGGUGAGGAGGAAGAGGAGGUAGAAGAGGGUGGUGGAGGAGAUAGUGGAGGAGGAGGUGUUGGUCAAGGAGUCAGAGAUAGGGGGAUAGUAGGUGGAUUAGAUAGAGGGAGGGGAGGUGGUGGAGUAGGUGGUUUGGAUAGAGGAGGUAGACUCCUUCUAGGUACUGGAGGGGUUGGUAGGGUAGAGGCUUUGCUAGCUGCGGUACCUGGUCAGCUUAGGGUAUAUACUCAUCCGCAGGAUGCACAGAUCAGAGCACUAUACAUCACAAUGCAAGAGCUACAGGCACAGGUGCUAGCACAACAGUGUCAGAUUAUGCAGAUUAUGGUCAAGCGGGAUGCGGAGAGAGAGCAUUGGGCUUGGGCAGAGGAUCUUUCUGAGAGAUUGGAGAGAGCGAUGACUAGUGCCCCAAUGUGA